AUGUCUGCAGAGUGGGGCAAGUGGCGACAGUAUGAUGAUCCUGGUGGGACGACAACAGCUGAUGAUUUAAAGAUUUCUUUGGUUAAAUCCUCACCCGCUAUAUUCUCUAAUCGCACAAACAUUGACCACGAAAAGGUCAACAAGGACCAAGAAAGUGUCAACGAAGAUUUAAGUCUGAGAAAUAAUCAUUUUCUUUCUGUGCCAUCACCGCCAAAACAUUUAUUAACAACCGAGGAAGAGAAGCAACUGGUGAAAGAUAUAAUUGAUAUCAACAAUGAGAAUUUCAUGCACCAGAACCAACAUCAGAGUGUCAAUCAAUUGAAUAAUAAUCAGAACAACGCAUCAAGCUUUCUUCUAACACCGAUCGCAAGUGGAAGUCAAUUUGUCACCGUUACAACUCUUGGUAAUCACAAUCACAAUCACAACAGUAAUUUUCAGCCAGCCGAUCAUCGGCAUAAAAUAUUAAGCCAUCAGGAAGUCAGUGGAUCAUUUAGUCAAACGUCGAACGGAAAUUUCGUGAUAAUUAACAGUCAACAAGCGACGGUAGAUUCAAGUCAUCAACCACCCACCACUCCGUUUACAUCUAUUUCAAACGUGCCAACAUCAACAACUCCAGGUCCAACACCGGGUCGUUACAUUUGUCCUUAUUGUCAACUUAAUUGUGCAAAACCUUCAGUUCUUCAAAAGCAUAUUCGUGCGCAUACAAACGAAAGACCUUAUCCAUGUACUCUUUGUGGAUUUGCAUUUAAGACUAAGAGUAACCUCUACAAGCAUUGUCGAUCUCGAGCUCACAUUCAGAGGUGUAACGGAGAAACUGAUCCAACAAGUGCGUUGAUCGCCAAUCAAAACGACGAAGACGGUUGUUCUUUGGAGUCUGGUGAUAUUGAUGAAGCUGAAUCAACGCAGUUAGAAACGACGACACCUUUAGUGGUCUCAUCUGCACCUCCGACUGGUACUGGCGUCAGUACACCAUCAACACCUUCAACGCCGUCAUUCUUCAGCACAAAUGCAGGUCAAUUGACUCCACAAAUAAUCGAAGAACGCAUCAGUAAAAUUAUAAGCGAUAAUGAAGCAAUUAUUGAUAAGGUUGAAGCUUUGCUUCAAAAGAAAUAUCAUAAAAUAACAGGAAUUCAGAGACAUUUAUCAACAUCAUCAUCAACAACGUCAUGUGUGAGUCCAUUUUCGACUGGCACAGAACUUCCACCUCAAUCAAAUUCAAAGCUUGCACUUGCACUUUUAAAACAGCAGCAACAGCAGAAAAUUCAUGACGAAGAGAUUCUCCGAUAUCACAUGUCGACACAACAACCACUGAAUCUUAUAAAAAUUAACGAACCGUUGACUGUCGAUGUUGGAACGAGUGCAAAUUGUACAACUCCAAGGAAACGUUACUUGAUUGAAAAUCCAUCACCAUUGGUGAUUACGUCGAAUCAACAGCAACAAGAAGAAAAGCCACAGACACAAGUACAAGCAACACAACUUGUUGUACCAGCAAGUCAUCCACAAAAUCCUGAAGGUUCAAUCAUCAAAGACUUACUUUUAAAUUCGAAAAACUUUGGUGCUGUUGAUGGUGAAACUGGCGAUGGAUCUUACACAUGUCCAACAUGCAAACUCUCGUUUCGUGGCGCUGAUAUUCUCAAAUAUCAUUUGAUUUGUCAUUGCCAAGGUGAAGAAAAUAUUCUUUCACGUUCUGCGCCAAUAAGUCCAUCAAGUAGCAUUUCAUCUCCUUACUAUCCAAGAUCAAGCAGUGAAAAACAUUCACCAACCAGUCUUAGUCAACUCGCUUCAUCACAACUGAAAGUUGGAACAUCACGGAAUCCUUCAAGUCUGCAGAAAUUAGCAAAAUCGCAACUCAAGGCACCAAAACAUAAGCCUGACAAUAUCACAAUUAAUCCUUCGAUAUCAGCAAUCAAACCGAAUAUUCAUCAUCAGGCUGUCAUAAAGAAUCCUUUGCCAUCUCCAGGACCAUUACUUGGCAACACAAGACUCGUCGAUAAACGCUCCGACGAUGAAUUUGGCGUCAUCAUCAAGAAACCUAAACUUGAAUAUCCGUCAAUUUCGGAAGCAAAAAUGCAAACGCUUUUCGGUGGUGAUAUGAAAAUCUUUCAAGAGAAGACAAAUGUCAACAGCAAAAACUUUCCAUCUGGUGGAAGUUUUGUUGAAGGUCCAGGACCAAUUGAGACACUUAAAGACACGAGUCCAAAUAUGAUGCGUCAAGGUCUUUCAGGUGGAAUUGCUUUAGAACUGAAGAAAGAAUCACCAACGACUACACCUGGUAAUGGCCCACCGCCUGUCACACCAAAACUAAUUGUAACAAUCACACCAACACUUGCACCGACGCUUACAACUAAUUCUAUGUUUGGAAGUGGAAAAUCAAAUCAUUUUCAGUUUCCAUCUUCGGUGACUGUUUAUAAUCCAUUGACAUUGCCUUUGAUGUCAACAGCAACGAUUGGAACGCAAUCGAUUGUUCAUGGUGGUCGCGUAAUUCCAUACGUACCUGGAAUUCCUGGUCCAAACACAACAAAUGUAAUUAACAAAAAUGAUCUUCCACCUCCACCAGCUCCAAUCAAAGACAAACGAAUGAAUUCACCAUCAAUGAAAAUGAAUGGAAUGAUGUCAUCGUUAAGAGACGCAUCACAAAUUAUGCCACGACCGAAUGGUGUGAUGACUAAGAAGAAAUCUUUUAAUUUCGCUCGGAUUGCUGACAACAUCGAUGCGAAUCGAAGUGGAGAAAGUAAGAAGGAGAAUAAUUUGAUUGUUGGUGAGUCACAAGAAGAUGGUCAACAACAUCAACAAGAAGUGACGAUGAAAUCAACAAAAUCAUCAUUUUUAAGACCAACAAGUUUGCCACUUAAACCGGGAACAUUUACACCAAAACAACAUCACGGAAUUACGCCAACAGCCAACACACUUCCACUGAUUUCACCUGAAACUCCACGACCUUCUAAAUCAUGUGUUCAAAUGUAUUUGAAUGGUCAUGCUUACACCUAUUUGGGUCUCAAAUCAAGUACCAAGACUUUCUAUUGUACGGUGAACAAACCUCAACCGGUUUAUAUUCAAAAUCAACAUAAGCUUUCGAUGUACAGCAAUUGGCAGAUUUACAAUGGAAACAAUCCAAAUAUUCUUGACUUGACACCAUACACAGCUAUGAGUCUUUACGAUUCACGUCAGAAGUCUGUCAAAUUCUCAGUCGCUAACGAUAAGAAGGAACUUGUCAGUUUAGUUGAAUUAACAACAACCAAAGUUGCAACAUCGAUCGCUCCUUCAAAUUAUCAAAUAACACAAGUGCCAGUGACACUAAUUAAAGAUGAAAAUGCUCAAACAUCAUCAAGUGGUGGAUCUUCUGUGACGGGAUACGACAAUUCUGAAGAGUACACUUACAUUCGUGGACGUGGAAGGGGAAAAUAUGUUUGCCAAGAGUGCGGCAUUCGAUGUAAGAAACCAUCAAUGUUAAAGAAACAUAUUCGAACUCACACCGAUCUACGACCUUACACUUGUUCUCAUUGUGAAUUCAGCUUUAAGACAAAAGGAAACUUAACAAAGCACAUGAAAUCAAAAGCACACUUUAAGAAAUGUUCAGAGUUAGGGAUCAGUCCAAUUCCGACAAUGCCAGAUGAUGAUGCAAAUGAGUUUGAUGACAAUGGAAAUACCGACGAGUCAAAGAGUCGAAUGCCAGAACAUGAAGCUGCACAACUUCUUCUAUCAUUGUCCAACCAUUCCGCUAACUCAAACAAUUCAACUAAUCAGUCAAAUAGCCAGCAAGUGACAGCAACGGAAUCAAGCUCGAAUGAACAAGUUGAGAGUCAUGUUGAACGUAGUCGUGUCAUCCUAUCAACAUUAAAAUCUGGUGACUUUGAUUUAUUGAAUCAUGAGAAAUAUUAUUCGGACCCGAAUCUAAAUCGACCAAAGGAAGCGCCACAAAUUGUUCAAGCUUCAGAAUCACAUAAUGACAAUGAUGAUGAUGCCGUUCCAAUGGAUUUAACAAAAAAGCCAGCAAAACAAGAGAGUUUUAAACGUCAAAUACCGACCAUUCGUGUCGCUGUUGAUGUGCUUCCAAAGUUCUCGGAACCAGCUUUACUCAUAAAUCAACUUGUCUCGAACAUUGAAAAAAUGCCAUCAAAUUCAAUCAUCGGUACAAACAUAAACUUUACCGACAACAUUCAAUACAAUGAAAGUCUUUUGCCACAAGAAUAUUUAACUGAGCGUGCACUUAAAGAUGUUCGAAUGAAGCAAAGUCAACAAAAUGAUUACAAUCAAUCAGCCAUCUCAUUGUUAGCUUCAUCAGGAAAAGAUGUCAGCUCUGGUGAUGAUAAGUCGCUUUUUAUACGUCAAAAUAAUCAAUCAAUAGUUGCGACAUCGAGCAAGAAUGGUCUGAUGGAUGCAUUAGCUGAUUUAGCAUCAAAAUCUGAUAAGUUAGAAGUGAAAUUGCGAAGUGAAGAUUCUAUGACUUCAACAAAAACGAACAACGCAAAUGCCAAGAAUGUUGCAUCAGAAUAUCUGAAAUUAACACAACAAAAAAUUCCAAGAGCUACUCAUGAAGAGUCAACUGAUGGGAUGAGCGAUCAAGAAACACCUGCAAUACUUUUAACGCCCCAAACUGUCGUUGUUGGUGAGGAUGGAUUUCAUAAGAAAGUUGCAACAUCAACAAACAUUGCUGGGAAUGAUCAACUUCUUUAUUCGCAUCUUCAAGACGACACUGGUCGACCAGUUUGUGUUGUGUGCUCAAAAGUCUUCCAAAAGGCAAGUCAAUUAAGAAUUCACAUGAAUAUUCAUUACAUGGAAAGGAAAUAUCGUUGUGAAGCAUGUGGUGUGAGUUUUCGUACUCAAGGUCACUUGCAAAAGCAUGAAAAAUCUGCGAGUCAUCAAAACAAAGUCAACAUGACAUCGACAUUUGGUGUGCCAUCGGUGUCCAAUCCUCGACCCUUCAAAUGCAAAGAUUGCAAGAUUGCUUUCAGAAUUCAUGGACAUUUAGCGAAGCAUUUAAGAAGUAAAAUGCAUGUGUUGAAACUUGAAUGUUUGCAAAAGCUUCCUUUUGGCACUUAUGCAGAAAUGGAACGAUCAGGAUUCAACUUGACUGAUAUCGAUACAAGUGACUGUGACAACUCGUUGAUGAGUUUAAGACAACUUGCGAAGAAGCUUAACGAAAAAGAUCCAUCAAAGUUGGGACCAUUGCCGCCAUUAUCUCAUGAUGAUCCGGCAGAUUGCGAUGAAAAUGGAAUGAACGAGAAUUACGACAGUGAUUCGAGUGAUUUAGGAGCAAACACCAAUUAUGAUGAUGAAAUCAUAAUGAAACGAAGAGCUGCUAAUGAUUCUGAUGAAGCAGACAUCGCUAAGAGAGUGAAACUUUCAUCUGAAAUGGAGCAACAUCAAGUGCCAUCAAAUUCAGCCAUUGUUAAAGUCAAAGCUGAUGAUUAAAUUAUUCAGUGUGUGCCAAAACAUAUCGCCAAUCGCGAAUCUUUCAUAAAUCACCUUCGUUCUUCUUCUCAAUUUCAAUAUUUACUGAAACAAAACAAAAACAAAAUGAACCAAUGAAUUUUAAAGAUUUAAGUCGUGGAAUUUUCCAACAAAGUAAUUUUACACAAAAAAAGAAUUAAAAAUGAUUUUUUCUGGAUGUAAGCAUCGAGGAAAAUUUUCUAUUUCUGAAACGUCAUUUCAUCGAAAACUAUUAAAAAAUAAUUUAAUAUUGUUGUAACUGAUAAAGCAACAAGUAUAAAAAGAGAUUUCUUCGCAAAUAAUUUACUCAAGAAAAAAGAAAUACGUAAAUGAAGAAGAAAUCUUUCUUUCUUCUUUUUUUCUAUAAAUACGUCAAAGAAGAUGUAAGAAAGAAUAUCAGUUAGGUAAUAAUAUCAAUGAAAUGAUUUUCUUUUCUACGACAUUGUUUUUCUACUUACCAAUCGAUUCACUUCAACAUAUCAAAAUUGAUACAAAACCAUACAACAAAAAGAAAAGAAAAAUGAAAACAAUGAGAGGAAGAAGGAUAAAGAAUUUUUAUAAGUUUUGCAUCUAGAUUUCCUAAAACGUACAUAAAAUUGUCUUCCAUAUCAAAAAUGUCCUUUCAACUGAAGGAAGAAUGAAUUUGAUAUUUUUUCAACUUUACUUUCUUUGUGAUUUCUUUCAAAAUUCAUAAACUUCUUAAACAUUUUUUUGAAAGCUUUUUUUAAUUUGUGUUGCGAAGCUAAUCUUCAGUGUAAAUAUUCUAAUGAUUAUCUAAUUAUUAAAACUUCUAAUAGAGUUAAGUUUAUGAUUUAAAUUUAAACUUAAGUGCAAAGAAACUUUUGAAAAAAGGAAAUGAAAAUAUUAAAGAAUAUUCGUAAAUUAAAA